CUGACGAUUUAGUACGCGUUGAUCAUGAUGAUGCUCAUGUAAAGAAGACAACCUCUGUACCACAAUGACAUCAAGAAGUGAAAAUCAGAAGAAAUUUCUUGAAAAUGUGCAAAUUGAUCUCAGAAAUCUAUCUCAAGAAGCAAAGAAGAAAUUUCCACAGCUAAAAGAUGCCUGCGAGGAGGCCAUCGUGAAGGUGCGCGGCGGACUGGCCAACCCAGACGUGACCCUCCCCCACAUCAGCGCCCACAUUCUCUACCCGCUGGUGCAGGGAUGCGAAACCAAGGAACCAAAGAUUGUCAAGCAAUGUCUGGGCACGAUCCAGCGGCUGGUGCUGCAGCAGGCGGUGGACGCAAAGGGCGCCGGGUACAUCACUGAGACUGUCUGGAGCCUGAUGAAGGCCAACAUCGAGGAGGUCAAGCUGCUGCAGACAGUGACGCUGCUGCUGACCACCAGUGCCGUCGCCCAAGGCGACACGCUGGCCAAGGCUCUGGCGCUGUGCUUCCGGCUGUGCUUCUGCAAGGACUCGACGAUCAUGAACACGGCCGGCGCCACGGUGCGCCAGCUGGUGUGGCUCGUGUUCGAGCGCGUGCUGACGGAGGACGGCCGUAGCCCGUCCGACCAGUCGUCACCGAGCCAGCCGGCGGACAUGGAGCACCUGAAGAUCGCCAGCGGCUCGGACCUGGUACAGCUGGUGAACGGCGAGCAGCCCUUCUGGCUGGCCGGCUUAACCGAGAUGACGCGCACGUUCGGUCUAGAGCUCAUCGAGUCCAUCCUCACUUCGUUCCCGCACCCCGAGUUCAACUUCCUGCUGAGGCGGGUGUGCGCCAUGGUGAUCAGGCUGUUCUCGCCGAACCUGAAGCACCGGGGCGCGGCCGGCGCACGCGGCGCCGCCAGCCCGCAGGACAAGCCCUACUUCCCGAUCAGCAUGCGGCUUGCUGCGCGUGGUGUCGGUGCUCGUGCAGAGUUCUACCCGCUGCUGUUCACUUUUUGCACACUUUAG